UUUUCUACUCAACACUUUCAACAAUUGAACAUUUACAUAAACGUGUAUUUCAGUUGUAUACAUUUAGGCAGAUUUUGGUUCAUGUUUACUGUACUAGCCAAUGUUUUACCUGUGGACGUACGUGCCAAAUUGUUUUCGUUUUUAUCUGUAAAACUGACAUUUUGCUUCAAAGUAUGACUUUCUUUAGUCCAAAUAUUAGUAAUAGAAGUUUGGAAACGGAAUUGGCCGAGAAUUUGUCCCGGGAUGAGCGCUUGGCUCAAGUUGAAAUAGCCCUUUUAAGCAUAAUAUUUUUCAGUGGAGCAAUUUUAAAUUUUGGACUGCUAUUUGUGCUGUGGAAGAGGAGGAAGCAGCUGUCGAGGAUGCGCGUCUUUGUUUUUCACCUUUGCCUGGCAGACCUUGUUGUCACAUUUUUCCAAGUUUGUCCGCAGCUGAUGUGGGAUGUAACGGACAGAUUCUUCGGUCCUGACGUUUUGUGCCGCCUGGUGAAAUACCUGCAGGUCGUUGGCAUGUUUGCCUCCACUUACAUGAUUGUAGUGAUGACCAUUGAUCGCUAUCAAGCAAUCUGUAACCCAAUGGUUACUUUCCAGAGGCGGAGAGCGCGCUGGAACGUGCCUGUGUGCGUUGCUUGGUCUGUAUCCCUCAUCGGGAGUCUCCCUCAAGUGUUCAUCUUCUCCCGAGUUCAAAUCGCGCCUGGUGUCUAUGACUGCUGGGCUGACUUCAUCAAACCGUGGGGGCUAAAAGCUUACGUGACCUGGACCACUCUAGUGAUAUUUGUCUUGCCCAUCUUAACUGUUAUCGUGUGCCAGGUGCGUAUUUGCCGAGCUGUUCAAAUCAACUUUCACAUGAAAACUCAACAAGUAUCGACAUUUCUCGCCAAACCGCUGCCCUCCAGGGCAAGUAGCGUUGCUGGGGUGUCCAAAGCCAGGAUCAAGACCGUGAAGAUGACUUUGGUCAUUGUUCUUGCCUACAUUAUCUGUUGGACUCCUUUCUUCACUGUCCAGCUGUGGUCCGUCUGGGAUGUCCAGGCACCCACUGAGACUGCAACUUUCACCAUCCUGAUGCUCCUGGCGAGUCUGAACAGCUGUGCAAACCCCUGCAUCUACCUGCUCUUCAGUGGGAAGCGCCCCAAGAUACGUGUGGCUUUAGUGUGUGUUAGCCAGUCGGACAUGAAUGACUCCAUACAAGAGGACGCCACUGUGGUUAGCUCGCGGUACAGUUCCAAGAGCCUUUCUAACUCCAGAUGAAACAAGUUGACAGGAGCUCAGUCUGGCUCAGGGGUGGGCAACUCCAGUCCUCAGGGGCCUGAUUGGUGUCACACUUUUUCUCCAUCCCUAGCAAACACAGAUGAUUAAUGCUGAUAGAGCUUGGUGUAUAUAUAUGUAAAAAGCAUAUAUUAAAUAUUCAGCUCACUAAGCAUAGCUGCGGGAAGUAGUGGUGCUGCAGCACCCCCUGAAAAAUCAGAAUACCUUUUGAAUAAUUUUGAGAAUAAUACAUACGCACACAUUGGGCCUUUUACGAGUCCUGUAUUCGAAAAUUGUAUUUUUUUCUCCACAAAAGUAGUGCACUGGGCCUUUCAUAAUCCUGUAUUAAAGGCCCAAAAUAGCUGUCUGUAGUGCAGGCAUUUAAAAAAAAUAUAUUAUGUUAAACUAAUACAGGCCUUCACGAGGCCUGUAUUAGGGGACCGA